AUGGCCGAUUAUGUUUUUGAGAAAACUGGUGAAAGGUUUUGCGAUGCUACUAUUUCUCUAAUUUUAAAGAAAAUUAAAUACACUUAUCAAGUAAUUCCUUAUCGCCACCCUCAACAAAAACAGAACUUGAUUGAGGUUGUAGAGUUUAUGGAAAGAGCCAAUAAACUUCCUCCAAGGCAGAUUUUAGCCACUGAUGAAAGCGGACAUCCUUUAAAUCUAGCCCUUAAAAGAGGUUGGGGUCCAAAAGGAGAGAAAAUUGCUGACUUUAAACCCAGUUAUGGCACCAACUAUUCCCUGAUUUUACUGAUUAGGAAUGUAGAAAAAGGAGGUAUAAUUCAUUGGGAGUUAGUUAAGGAUGCAGUAAAUACUGAGGUUUUUGCUGAUUUCCUUUCUAGGGUUGAACUUCCUGAUGAGGAAACAUACUAUCUCUUGAUGGAUAAUAUUCGUUUUCACCAUGCUAAAAAGAUUAAGGAGAUAUUAGCCAAUAAAAAUAUUGAGCCGAGGUAUAUUGUAGCCUCUAAUCCUUAUCUAAAUCCUACCGAAUUGGCUUUUAAUGUGAUUAAGCAGUAUGUUCGGAAACAGAGACCAAGGACAGAGGAAGAGUUAAGGUCAGCAAUUAGUGAAAUUGUAAACGAACUUAACCAACAGGAUUUAAGAAA